CCCCACCACAUCCUCUCACAAGUCAAGACAAAAAAAGAGGUCAAACACUUAAAUACCACUGUCUAUUUCCAAUACAAAUAAAAAUCUUUUUUUCGCGCGCGAUACCUAAAAACAACAAUCCACCUUUAUUUUUCUUCCAUCAUAUUUUUCUUAAAAUAUUUCCGUAAACACAAAACAACCAUGACUGCCGCUGCAUCCUUUAGGCAGUUAAUUGAGACACUGCCGCAACCACUGGUGCAACAAGCGAUCCACAAGACAUUCAUAGAGGAGGACCAGGCCGACAGAGAGCGCAUGGUGCAGAACCUGGACCAAUCUGACUCCAAAUCCAGUCCUAUCAGCGACUCCCAGCGCGGGCGCAACUACGAUCUCAACCGGUACUGCAACGUCAUCCCGUUCAACCACAACCGGGUGCGCCUGCAGGGCAAAAAUGAUUACAUCAACGCUAGCCACAUUCAGCUGCCCGCCGAGCUCUCGGCCAACAAAUACAUUGCCACCCAGGGCCCGCUUAACCACUCAACAGGGGACUUUUGGCAGAUGGCUUGGGAGCAGGGCGCCUUGGCCAUUAUUAUGCUGGCCAACCCCGUUGAAGGCCGCCGGAACAAGUGUGCCACGUACUGGCCUGCGUCUACUGGACAGCAGAUCAAAGCGGGCGACCUCACUGUGACUCUGGCUGACGAAAGACCCAUGCAGGAUUGCUUUGCCGUUAUUGUGCGCAAAAUCACCCUGGCGCACAAAUUGCAUCCUGGAGUGACCCGCACAGUGACUCAGCUUCAUUACACAGAAUGGCCGGAUCACGGCGUGCCGCAGUCGCCGCUGCCGAUGCUGAGAAUGAUGCAGGAGCUCAGAAGUGGAAUCUCGCCGAAUCCUGAAACCCCCGUUAUUGUGCAUUGUAGUGCGGGCGUUGGUCGCACGGGUACGUUUAUUAUUAUUGAUUCGGCCUUGGCUUAUUUUGCCAAAAAUUCUGAUUAUGAGGGCGAUUACGUGCAGGAUGCGUUCAAGUCUUUGCGCAAGCAGCGCUCGCUGAUGGUCCAGGUCCUGGAACAGUACAUGCUGUGCUACCAGGUCAUUGGGUACACUCUCAACAACAAGCAGUGAAAGAGGGAGGGGGUUUAUGCAUAGAAGGGAUAUGUCUUUUUAUCGAUUAUUUUUUAUAUAAUCUUUUGUUUUUGGUCAUCAUUUUCAUUAAUAUUAAACUUGGAUACAAAAUCCUCAUGUUGCAUGUCAAUAUGAUGCUAUUCACACUCAAUAUAUAUUGCACACAUGUGCAUGCUGUCUGUGCCAUGCAAUGCUCUUGUCGUGUGCUUGGUUGGGUCGAAGCAUU